AUGGAUUCCGACUUAGACUCCGAACUAAAAUCAGAUUUUAAGUCGUACCUUCGGCACAUAUCCCAAGGAAAAAAAUAUCAACAAUAUACAAAAUUAACCGAAGAACGUUAUUCAUCAGCCGAAUAUAAGCAAGACAAUUUGCGUUCUACAAUUCAAACAUUAUUUAUAAACAGAUUUGUUCAAAAUGAAAUUUCUACUGAUGACGUUGACAUUGAAACUAUUGACAACGAUGAGAAGUUAUUAACAUAUAGACCUGAUGUUGAAGUUAAAUCAAUAGGAUCAUAUAGAAAUUCAAAAUUACCUAGAGAUCCUGAAAUGUGGGAAGAUAAUAUUAACAUGAAACGGUGGAAUAAACUUCAACGGACUUUGUUUGAAAGAGCUCUAUCUAUUUUAUACUCAAACCGUUUAUCAAGAUUAACGUAUGAAGGUACAGUACAAGAGUGUGUUCAAAAAAUCAUAUCUACUGAAAAAUCAGUGGCUGAAAUGUACUAUCUAUUAACUAAUUACACUCACUGGGACAUAUCAUUGACGCAAUGGUUACAUGGACUAUUCAUUUCUAAUUUACCACAUGACUAUCUUGCAUCCUACAUCGAUAUAUUAGAAAAAUUGAAACAAAUUGCUCCAUUAUUUGUAAAUGAUAUGAUAUCAUCAAAUUCAAUAGGACGUCCUAAAGAAGAAAUUAAAUCAAAAUCAAUUAAUUUGGAUGAACCUGUUGAUCCUUUUAACUUAAUGUUGACAACUUACCCACCCCUAAAAUUACCAAAAAAUCCUGUUAUAAUAUUAGUGCCAGACUUCCCUGGGUAUUGUACACAACCAAAUACAAGGACUUAUGAUUGGAUGAAUGCCCUAUCAUAUUUAGCAGAAUUAGAUGUUGCUUUGACUGUGAAAGUACCAUGGGAUUAUGAAGAGUACUCUAGUGAAAAAGAAUUAGAUAUAGAAACCAGUUUAGAAGCCAUGGUAGAUGCUACAAGAAGUAAAGUUGUAUCAGUGCGAUUUGAAGAUCCUAGCAGGCCUAUUAUUCUGGCAGGCGUUGGAGUCAGUGCUGCUAUUGCUUGUCAAGUAGCUGUUCUAGAAAAUGUUGAAGGGUUAGUAUGUUUGGGAUUCUUUGUUAACUCAUCUGAGGUAAAAAGAGGUUAUGAAGGCGAUUGUAUUUUGGGUCUUGAAUGUCCUACAAUCUUUGUGACCGGCCAGCUUAGCAUAUUUUCACCGAUUUUGGAUAUGGAAGAAUUAAGAGUAAAGCUGAAAUGUAAGACCAAUCAUAUACUAGUUGGUGGAGCAAAUGAUGAAUUGGUCAUGAACCAUACUACUAAGAUGAGAGAGGCAGUCACUCAAAAAUUUGUUGACAGAUGUAUUUUGGAAGAAAUUGGAAAUUUCUUAAAAAAUAUUUUAGAAACUUCCACAAAAAUAAUUCAUACACCUGAUGUUGAAAAUAGAGAUUUUAAAAAACCUGUUUUCUCCAAAACUAAACCUAUCAGUAAACCUUUAGCACACCUCAAGAAAGGAAACAAAAAACGUAUGGUUCCAGUCAGUAAAAAAACUACACAGAGACAAACGGCAAAUCGCAUGACUAUCAAAACACCAAGUUCUCCUAUGGCAUCUAAAGUAAUUAUAAAAGAUGAAGAACUUAUGCCUGCUCCUUCAUGUUCUCUCAGACAAGAAUACAAAAAUAUUCAGAGUGAAAAUCACAACUCUACCAUAAAUAGUAUUCAGAUGCAAGACGAAUUAUUUAUACCAAAAUUAGAAAAUCAAAAGUUUUCUAUUCUAACAGAAUUGUCACAGAUAGAAAACAAUUUAAAUACCAAUCUUUAUCAAAAAGCUUCAUCUUUAACAUCCAUGAAUGGUUCACCUGUAAUGUUCACACCAGACCAAAAGAAUAUUGUAGCAUGCAGUUCAAAUUUACAGUCACUACAUAAUCAGACUGCUACUUCUGUUAUGGAAGAAAUCACACCUGAACAAAUAUUGAAUAUGCCAAUAGUCUUUGCAGAUGAUCCCCAAAUAGAAGAAGAAGUAAAGCAUAGUGUUGAUAACAGUUCCGAUUUAAUUGCGAAUUUAAAAGAAUUUAAUGAAGGGAUAGUGAUUGUCAAAAAAAACCCUGUAGAUGAAGACGAACAUUGUGAUGUCUUGUGUCCUACUAUUUCGAGGACUCUGAUUCCCGAACGUCUAAAAAAUAAACAGGUGACAUAUGACUCACCUUCUAAAGUCAAGAUGGUAAUAAAAAAAUCACCAAAAGGCCUAGUACCCUAUGGUUACAAAACAAUCUCUGUACCCAGUCAAAAUUCAGGAAAUAUUCAAAUUAGAAGAACUGAAGGAGGAUUAAUUUCUAAGGUGGCAUAUGACUCACCUUCUAAAGUCAAGAUGGUAAUAAACAAAUCACCAAAAGGCCUAGUACCCUAUGGUUACAAAACAAUCUCUGUACCCAGUCAAAAUUUAGGAAAUAUUCAAAUUAGAAGAACUGAAGGAGGAUUCAUUUCUAAGGUUGUACCAACAACUAUCACGAUCAGUAACACACUAGACAGUAAAAUCAAAUUUAUCAAAAGUACUACUGGAUAA